UCGAUCCCGGGUACAAGCCCAAUACGAGGCUACCGAGCUCUGUUACUAUGCCAAAGUGACCAAAUAUCAAACUGACCCCCCUUUAAUCGAUCCCGGGUUCAACCCAAAUAAAGGUCACAGGAAAGCUUGCGAGCUGAGCUCAGCGCAUUUGGUAUCUCUGGGCCCUUAG